AUGACAUCCUUACAACAACAACAACAACAACAACAACAUCACCAACACCAGUCUUGGUCCCAGCAAUUAUCUGAUGAGAAUGUGGUUCAGGCUGAUCAACAUCAACAUCAAGAUGCAGCAGACCGUCAAGAUGCAGACGACAUCCAUCAACCAGAUAACAACUCAGGCACUAAUUCGACCCCGCCUGUUCGUAAAAGAACAAGAGCUACUGCUGACCAAUUAUCCGUUUUGGAAGACACAUUUGCAGUAAAUGUCAGUCCAAACUCUAAAUUGAGAAAGCAAUUAGCCGAGCAACUUCAAAUGAGUGAAAGAUCCAUCCAAAUCUGGUUUCAAAACAGAAGAGCAAAAGUAAAGCAUAUGCAAAAGAGAGCUCAAAUGCAAAUGCAUCAAGCCUCUAUUCGUGCUCAAUUGUAUCAGUAUCAUCAGCAACAACAACAGCAGUAUGGCCAACCAUUACUGCCAAUGCAGCCCAACUCAUCCGCUGCUGCUGCUGCUGCUGCUGCCGCUGCUGCUGCUGGUGUCUAUCAACAUCCCUACUAUUACUCCAAUGCUGCUACUCGUUUAGCGAUCCCUACCAGAGCUCAAAGUGUAGAUGCUGUCCAAUACAGUAAUGCUAGAGUGUUGAAUUUACAUCAGCAAGCGCAACCACAGCCUCAAGACAUGCUGUUUACACCUGCUUCUUCUGUCCCUCCCCCUCCCUCUACCACUACAGGCACUCAAUACAGCGCCACUCCUCCUCCAAUGUCAUAUCCUCAAUACUACGGUCAUCAUCAACCUGGUUCCGCUGCUUCCUCUUCCUCCUCCUGGCCUGCUCAUCUCCAAGAUGACUUGCCACUCACCAGACAAAGCAUGCCUCCCCAAGUCUAUCCUUACGACUUUAAUUCUUCCUCGGUAGAGCCCUCUUCUAUUGGUAUAGAAUUCCCUGAAUAUUUGCACGGCCAAGUGUCUCCCUCUCCCAGUCCUCUUCACCAACAGCAAAAGUUGAACGCAACCAUUCCUACCUUGGUUUCUGUCCCUGAUGCUGGUCCCACCGCUAUCUUGGCUACUAGUUUGACUCAAUCUACUACUGCUUCCAACCACAAUAGUCCAACUCCUGCUGCUACUCUCUCCACAUCACCUGAAGCUACAACGAACCUAGGCUUAUCUACUGUUGAUCCCUCUAAUCUGAUGAUGCCUUCUGCUGGCUCAAUAGAUGAGAGUAAUGAAAAGAAGGAGUCAUCAGCAACACCUGAUAAUUCCAGUGUUAAAGAUGAAUCCUCGCAACAACAGCAGCAAUCUGUGGAAGCAGGGCAGCAACAGCAAAAGCAACAAGAAGAAGACGAAGAGCCCAAAGAUUUAUACCUCAGUGCCACUACAUUAACUAUUGGUACAUGGCAUCGUCUCAAGAUGCAUGAAACAGAUCUCGUCUGUGUAUAUCGACCUGAUACCAGAAUAUUUGCUUGGCAUAUCGUCGAUGGCGGCUGCCAUUUCAAGAUGGAAGUAGCUCAAAAUGCAGUUUCCAGCAUAGAAUUUGUGCUGGACGAAAACGAAGCCUUGGUUGAUGUUCAUUUCGAUAUCAGUGAACCACCUUUAUUCUACAUGGAAUCCACUACUACCACCACUACAACUAUACCAUUAGAUGAACCAUCCACCAAAAAGAAGACCAACAGCAAAAAGAAUGAGAAAGACGAUACUGCCACAGCCGAGGAAACCGAGCAAGAAAAGAUAAUUGAGAUUCCCUCUCCUAUGUGGGUUCAGUGUUCUGACUUUACAGAAGGGAAACAAGCAUCUAGAUUCUUUAGACAUACAUUGAAAGGAGUUGCUCACCACAUGAAACAAGAACUUUUAGCGUUAAUUCACAAUCACGAAGAAACUAGACGUCUUGUCCAUUUCAUUGAGCCCCAACAAUACAACUUGAUGUAUCAGCCUAUCGUCGAAUCACAAUCUUCUCAUCCUCAUCAACACCCUCAUCAUCACGCACAUCAACACCCUCAUCAUAUUCAACAUCAACCACAUCAGCAUCAUCACAUUCAACAACAUUCGCCCACCAACGAAGAUCAUUUAUUAAUGCAAGCUGCUGCUGCUGGCUUCAUGAAUCCCAACAUGUAUUGGCCCAGUCAACCCGUCAGCGAGCCCAUUGCUUGUGAAUUGUACAUGAAUUAA